AUGCUAAGAUCAGUGGCCCAUGCCUUUCACCUUGCGGCCUUCGCUAUACUCGGCGGAGACUGCUCGGUGCGGGCUGCCUCUGCGACCUCGUCACUCACAAGCCCAGAUGUCUGCGCACUUGAACCCAAUGCCACAGUGUCAGAUGCCUGUGCUUCUUACGCCGACCUGAAUACACUCAACGACAAGCUCGAACCGUAUGUACGGAACCUCGCGAACAACACCGACUUCUUCUCGUACUACCGAUUAAAUCUGUACAAUAAGAAAUGCCCGUUCUGGAACGAUGAGAACUCGAUGUGUGGGAAUAGAGCAUGUGCUGUAAUAACGUUAGACAAUGAAGAGGAGAUACCGCCGGUGUGGAGAGCAGAAGAGUUGAGUAAGCUGGAAGGACCGAAGGCACAACAUCCUGGCAAGAAGCAACAAAAGGAACAACAGAGACCACUGAUGGGGGAGCUCGGGCAGAACGUGGGUGAAAGCUGUGUCGUAGAAUACGACGAUGAGUGUGACGAGCGGGACUAUUGCGUACCAGAGGAUGAGAGCGCGAGCGCGAAGGGCGACUAUGUCAGCCUGAAUGACAAUCCUGAGCGAUUCACGGGAUAUUCUGGAGAAGGGGCACACCAGGUGUGGGAGACCAUAUACAGGGAGAAUUGCUUUUCGAAGCCACGCUCUGGCGAGAAUGGAGCAAGCUCACCUGGAAUUUCCGCUGUUCAGCCCGGACUGAUGAAUCCACUCCAAGGACGAGCAGCGCAAGAAUUCAAGUCGGUUGUCAAGGCGCACGAUCGUGACGAAGCAAAGAAGUCUGGCCUCCCUGAAGAUGCCCUGGAGUUCGAGGACGAAUGUAUCGAGAAGCGUGUCUUCUACCGGGUGAUCUCGGGGAUGCACGCAUCGAUCUCGACGCAUCUAUGCUACGACUACCUCAACCAGACUACUGGUGAAUGGGGUCCCAAUCUCGAGUGUUACAAGGAGCGACUGCAUGAUCAUCCGGAGCGGAUCUCGAACAUUUACUUCAACUACGCGCUCGUUCUGCGCGCCGUUGGAAAGCUGCGAGAUUAUGUCCAGGACUACACUUUCUGUACUGGUGACUCGGUCCAAGAUGCCAGAACGAAGAAGAUGAUCACGGUUCUGGCAGACGCCAUACCAGCCGGAUCUCAAAUCUUUGACGAGAGUGUGAUGUUCACGGAUCAGACAGCUGAUGGUAUUAGCCUCAAGGAGGACUUUCGCAAUCGAUUCCGGAACGUGAGUAGGAUCAUGGACUGCGUGGGCUGUGACAAGUGCCGUCUCUGGGGUAAGGUCCAGACCAACGGGUUUGGUACCGCUCUGAAGGUUCUGUUUGAGUUCGGUAAUGGCCACGCCGGCGAGGAUAAACCGCUGUUGCGCCGGACUGAGCUCGUGGCACUGAUAAAUACGCUGGACAAGAUCAGUGCCGCGUUGAAAGCACUGGAGCACUUCAAGCUGAUGGUGACUGCUGAGAUCGAAGGCAAGCCAGCGUCGUCGGUCAAGCCUGUGGUUCCACAAUCCUCCGAUGCUCGCGAUGCGCCGAACUUUGACGAUCUAGACGAGCUGGACGAUUUUGAAGACCACAAACCGCCACAGCUGGGCGAAGAACAAACGAUUCGUGAGCUCUUCUGGGAGGAACUCGGUCUUGUUUUCCGAGCUUGGAAGUUCGUGCUGCGGAGCUGGCUUGAGCUACCUCGCAAGAUCCCAGUCAUUGUUGCCACAGAGUUCGAGAGACUGUUCGACUUCUGGCUCGGCAAGCCGAUGCGGCCACGAAGCUGGGAGCUGCGAUUUCCUACCAAGGAGGACCUUUUCCCCGGACGAGAUGAAUUAUGA